GGAGGGGAGCGCCGUCUCGUGGCGUCGAGGGCAGCCUGGCGGUCAGCGGCGGCGGCGGCGGCGGGAGGGCCGCGGGGCUGACAAAGCCGCGGCUAGUGAAUGGGAGCGCGUCCGUCCGCGCGUCCGUGGUCCGAAGACCGCGGGACCCGCCGCCCGAGCCCUCCGCCCGCGGUAAUGCAGGACCAUCAAGAUGGCAGCAUUCCUGUUUCCAAAGCAACAAGCAGGUCUGCACAGCAUGAAUUUGCACCUGCACCAAGAAGUACUUUAUACAACUCCUGGAAAGCGUGGUCUGCGCCCUGAGAUGAUGUGCUCCUGAGUUACAUCUUCUGUUUUCCACUAAAAUGUACGAUUAGCCAUAUUCAUGAACAUCCCGAAAGAUAUAAUUAUUUUGAAAACACUGAAGAUAAUGUACGUCUGGGGGCAAACUGAGAACUUGGAUCAUUUUCUUACCAACCUGAGAUAGCAACAGGAUGACACAGCCAGAAUAGUUAUGGUGAGUCAUGGAGAAUAACCAGGAAACCCAUCCCCCCAAAGGGGAUGGUGACUUUGUUUCUGAUAAAAUAAAUUUUAAAAUAGAAGAGGAAGGUGAUGGAAUUCCGAAUCACAGUUUGGAAAGAGUGGACUUGAAGAUUGAACAAGAGGACAGGAAAGCAGCUGGCAGUGGUGAUGAACAGGCAGAGAUCAGAGAAGCAAGCUACAGCUGUAAGCCCCCGGGGAAGUGUUUCCCUGCCGACCACGACCACGAGGACGACUACGGGGCCCUGUUCUCACAGUACAGCAGCACGCUGUACGAUGUUGCCAUGGAAGCUAUGACGCAGAGCCUCCUGUCCAGCCGCAGCAUGAACUCCAGGAAGAAGUCUCCGGCCUGGAAGCAUUUCUUCAUCUCUCCUCAGGACACAACGAAGGCAUUGUGUGUUUACUGCAUGAAAGAGUUCAGCCGCGGCAAAAACGAGAAGGACCUGAGCACGAGCUGUCUCAUGCGGCACGUGAGGAGGGCGCACCCCACAGCACUCAUCCAGGAGGAAGGCAGUGUGUCUACCCUGGCCUCCCUCUCCUGCCCUGCACCGCUGCUCCCUCCUCAGCCCACACCCCUUGGAGACCAGGGCACCGUACUGUCACCCAUCAAACUUGUCCAGAAAAUAGCCUCCAAGAUCCCGUCUUCUGAGCAAGUGGCAGAGGAAUCUGGAUCUGUCCUAUCUUCUGAAGAGGUCUCCUCUGAUGUGUCCACCUCUGAGAAGUACAGGCAGGAAGAAGCCCUGGUGGAGCCCCCCCAACCCCUCCCCACUGCCCAGUGUGACGACUCUGCAGAGAGUGGGCCAGAAAAGAGCCUUCCACUUCCAAAGAGCACCUCUGGAUCGCGAAGGUGGUCUGCGGUCUGGAAGCACUUCUACCUGUCCCCUCUGGACAGCUCCAAGGCCGUGUGCAUUCACUGCAUGAGUGAGUUCAGCAGAGGGAAAAACGGGAAGGACCUGGGUACCAGCUGCCUCAUCCGGCACAUGUGGCGGGCACACCGCGCCAUCGUGCUGCAGGAGAAGAGUGGAGGUGCAGCUAUUACGCCACCCUUCUCUGCACCCACCACUUUGCUGCCCACCCACCUACCUCAGGAGGGAAAUCCAAGCCCUGUGUCCUCAUCGCCAGGCAAUGAGGUACAAGAGUUCCCCUCGGCGUCCUCCUCCCCUGACCAGCUGACUGAGCACCUGCAAGCACGUCUGAAGCCUGGGGAUUCGCCGAUGGAAGAUGCAUCAGUGCUGUCAUCCUCUGAUGAUGUGGGCGAGGCCUCGUUGGUGUCCUCCCCUGAGAAGCAGCAGGGUGAUGGGUCGAGCCCUCACAUGGUCGAGUCUGGUGCUGUAUUCCAACAGAAUCAAAAGGUGAUGAAGAGACUGAAGUCGGAGGUCUGGCAUCACUUUUCCCUCGCCCCCAUGGACAGUCUGAAGGCGGUGUGCAGACACUGCGGCUGUGUCAUCAGUCGAGGAAAGAAGGGUGACGUGGGCACCAGCUGUCUGAUGAGACAUCUCUACAGGCGCCACCCAGAAGUUGUUGGGAACCAAAAGGGCUUCCUGGGGGCUAGUUUGGCAAAUCCUCCAUACAACACCUUGGCAUCCACAGAAACGUCCUCCAAAUUAACUGACCUUCCCACGGUGGUUACCAAAAGCAGUCCAGUUCUGUUUCCCGUUCACAGCAAAAAGACCUCCAAGCUGUGGAAUCACUUUUCUGUCUGCUCUGCAGACCCCACUAAAGUCGUGUGCUUGCACUGUGGCCGGACGAUAAGCAGGGGCAAGAAGCCGACUAACCUGGGCACCAGCUGUCUUCUGAGGCAUCUGCAAAGGUUCCACGGCAGCGUGCUGAAGACCGACGUGCCCAAGACCAUGCUGCCGUCUUCUCCAGGCGUCAGCGUGCCCCUGAGUGCAGGAUUGUCAGGAGCUUCCUCCUUUGACGACACUGAUGAGAAGUUGUAUGAUUCUCAUCCAGUUGCCAAAAAGAUAACAAGUCUCAUAGCUGAAAUGAUUGCACUUGACCUUCAGCCAUAUUCUUUUGUUGAUAAUGUUGGCUUUAACCGGCUGCUCGAAUACUUGAAACCUCAGUACUCUUUGCCCUCCCCUUCCUACUUUUCCAGGACAGCUAUCCCCGGAAUGUAUGAUAAUGUGAAACAGAUCAUCAUGUCACACCUUAAGGAGGCAGAGAGUGGUGUGGUCCACUUCACGUCUGGAAUAUGGAUGAGUAACCAGACCCGGGAGUACCUGACACUCACUGCUCACUGGGUCACCUUUGAGUCGUCGGUCCGACCUCACUGUGAGGACCACCACUGCUCAGCACUGUUAGACGUGUCACAGAUUGACUGCGACUAUAGCGGCAACAGCAUUCAGAAGCAGCUGGAAUGUUGGUGGGAGGCCUGGGUGACAUCCACUGGCCUUCAGGUUGGCAUUACAGUGACUGACAAUCCCAGCAUAGGAAAGACGCUGAAUGAAGGGGAGCACUCCAGCGUGCAGUGCUUCAGUCACACGGUGAACCUCAUUGUCAACGAGGCCAUUAAAAGCCAGAGAAUGGUGCAGAAUUUACUCAGCAUUGCUCGGAAGAUAUGUGAGCGGGUGCUGCGCUCACAUGCAGCAAAAGAGAAACUGGCAGAGCUGCAGAAGGAGUAUGAAUUGCCGCCCCACCAUCUUAUUCAGGACGUCCCGUCCAAAUGGAACACGUCGUUCCAUAUGCUCGAGCGGCUCAUUGAGCAGAAGAGAGCCAUUAACGAGAUGUCCAUCGAGUGUAACUUCAGAGAACUGAUCAGUUGCGACCAGUGGGAGGUCAUGAAGUCUGUGUGUCAUGCGCUGAAGCCCUUUGACGCUGCGAGUCGGGAGAUGAGCAGCCACAUGUCUACCCUCAGCCAGGUCAUCCCCAUGAUCCACAUUCUGAACAGAAAAGUCGAGAUGCUGUUUGAGGAGACCAUGGGCAUCGACACCAUGCUGAAGUCUCUGAAGGAAGCCAUGGUGAGCCGACUGUCCGCCACCCUCCACGAUCCCAGGUACAUCUUUGCCACACUGUUGGACCCUCGUUACAAAGCCUCCCUGUUCUCCGAGGAGGAGGCGGAGCAGUACAAGCAGGAUUUAAUCAGGGAACUAGAAAUGCAGAAUUCUACCUCAGAGGACAUACCUGUCUCCAAUGGGUGUGCUCCAGGCUCCCCAUCGAGAGACUGCAGUGGGGACGAGAGCCUGUGGUCACUCAUGGCCAAGAUAAAAAAGAAAGGCCCGAGAGAGAAGAUGAAGGUGCCUGAGGCCAUGGUGCUGUCUUACCUGGAGGAGGAGGUGCUUGAACACAGCUGUGACCCGCUCACCUACUGGAACCUGAAGAAGUCUGCCUGGCCGGGACUCUCAGCCCUGGCCGUCAGGUUUCUGGGUUGUCCCCCGAGCAUUGUCCCUUCAGAAAGGCUGUUCAGCACACCCACUGAGAACGGUAGCUUUGGCCAGUCCAGGCUCAUGAUGGAACAUUUUGAAAAACUUAUCUUUUUGAAAGUGAAUCUUCCAUUAAUAUAUUUUCAGUAUUGAAAUCACAAUGGAGCCACCAGGCUAAAGAUGUUGUUGCUCUUUAGGCACCAGCUGUUUGUCACAGGCUGUUGGUUGGCACCAGUCGGUGCCAAGGAGGACAUCAGACCAGGCACUCUCAGGUCCACACUGAGUUUCUCUUGCAGUCUCACCGUAAUGUCUAUAUGUGCCUUACUCCUAGUCCUUCAAGCCAGGUACUGCGGUGUGUUUUUCGAAGCCAUUAGAAAUAACCUUUCUUGUUAAUUAUGAAACAGGAUGGUUAGAUUUUAACCCAUAACUAUAAAGUUUUUUAAAAACUGGGAGUUGACCUUUUUCUUCUCCUGGGAGCACUCCCAUGCCUUUCCCUUCUUCCUCUUCACCCCUCUCAGGUGUGCAUCUCCUAAACUCUAAGGGAUCCCAUGAGACUUUUAAGUAGGAGAGUGGUGGGCAGCAGCCUCGAAUCCAGGUUGGCACCCUGAGCCUGUCUCCAAGGCUACCACCUUUCUCUGACUUCCAGUGAGCCACCGAAGCCCCACCAAGUCUCUCUUCCUGUUGCUCCUUCUCUCCAAAUCCUUCCAUGUUUCCCUGUCCCCAGCUUUAAUAAACUAUCAAAAUAAAAAGCAGGGGUUAGUAACUCAUUUUACUAGAAGACAGAGUAGAUGUAAACAAUUUUUUUUAAAAUAUAUUUUAUUGAUUUUUUUACAGAGAGGAAAGGAGAGGAAGAGGGAUAGUUAGAAACAUUGAUGAGAAACACUGAUUCAGCUGCCUCCUGCACAACUCCCCACUGGGGAUGUGCCCGCAACCAAGGUACAUGCCCUUGACCGGAAUCAAACCUGGGACCCCUCAGUCCGCAGGCCGACGCUCUAUCCACUGAGCCAAACCGGUUUCGGCGAUGUAAACAAUUUUAUUCUGUAGCCUUUAAUUAUGUAAAAACAAAUCAGGUACUGUAUUUUAGUUAAAAAUUGCUUUAGUUGCAACAAAACAGCCUUUGUGGCUGUCAAUUAAAAUCUGGAAAUAGGUGGAGUAGAAGCCAUCCUGAGUGGUUUUUACCUGCAACCCUACAUGUAUGUGAGGAGUGCAGAGAAUAUUCUGGAAGAUACUGUUCGCUACAACAGAGAUGUGGCAUUUGAAGACAAAACUAAACAAAAGUAUCAUGGAAUGUCAGUUACAUCGGUUGGUAAGGAGAACUUCCCCAUGUUCUGUGUUUGUGUUGAGGUUGCACAUGGUGUUAACUCGGGGACAUCCGAUUAUUUAUAACAUGGUCCUUGCUGCCUGUUGACCUGCCCGUGGACCACAUGACGGGUGUACAGCAGUUCUGGUGAUUGAACCUCCAAGCGUCUGACUUAGUGUCUCUACACUUUGAAGCUGUCUUUUGAAAUGUGUGUAGUGCCCCCCGUUUGAUCAAAUCACGUGUAAAAUUCUUUGUAGAAGAGGUGGUUUAUUAACAGGGAAGAAUGUUAUGUUAUAGUUGUAAGAAUAGCCUUAGGUGUUUAGAUUUUUCUUAUAAUACAGAAGAUUCAGCUAUCACGGGUAUUUUAGAAUCCCAGGGACAUCAGAAUGAAGUGUCAGUUGUCAGAUUCUUUUAACAAUAAUGUCUUCAGAAUUUUUGCUUCAACAUCUAGAAAAGGUUCAUUUUCUUAUUUCACACCAAAUAAAUAUGCUGGGUGAAAUAAGUCACUCAUUGCCUGUGCCAUUUUAGAAAAGUUGUUUCCUCAAAAUACUGUCCCUGUUAUUAAUCUCACUUUGCAUUGACUAUGUUUUUGUAUAUUUAUGAAUGGGGAACUCAGUUCCCUGAAAUUAAACUUUGCCAUUUUCUACUGUUGGA